AUGGCGCUCGUCUCCACACGGAUGGCGCAGCAACCCACCAGCAGUGCACUUAGAGCUCUAGCUCUGGAAUACAAAGGAAUUCUAGAAGAGCCAGUAGAAGGUUUCCGUGUGAAGCUCGUCAAGGAAGAGAACCUCUUUGAAUGGGAAGUGGCCAUCUUUGGGCCUCCAGAUACCCUGUACCAGGGUGGCUACUUCAAAGCACAUUUGAAAUUCCCUCCUGAUUACCCAUAUUCCCCACCAACAGUUCGCUUCCUCACAAAGGUCUGGCACCCCAAUGUGUAUGAGAAUGGAGACCUGUGCAUAUCUAUUUUACACCCCCCUGGUGAUGAUCCCCAGAGUGGAGAACUCCCAUGUGAAAGAUGGAAUCCCACUCAAAAUGUUCGAACAAUUUUGUUGAGCGUGAUAUCCCUGCUGAAUGAGCCCAACACAUUCAGUCCUGCCAAUGUGGAUGCAAGCGUUAUGUACAGGAGGUGGAGGGACUCCAAGGGCAAGGACAAGGAGUAUGAGAAUAUCAUCAGGAAACAGGUGACGGUAUCUCGGGUUGAGGCCGAGAAGGAUGGUGUCGUUGUCCCAUUAACCCUGGAAGAUUACUGUGUUAAACCCAAAGAGAAGCCAGCCAGCGAUAGUGUUGAUUUGGCGGACUUCUAUGAUGAUGACUACGACCUUGAUGACGACGACGACGAUGAUGGGUCUGAUUAUGGGGCCGGGGAUGAUGGAGAAGACUCGGGCAAUGGGGAGUCUUGAUGACCCUCCCCCAUUUCUACAAAACCUCUCUGUCAUUCUUCAUCGCCAUCUGCUCUGCUGUCUAUUUUCUUCAUCAUCAUGGCUUUUGGCUCACAGUUUGAUCGCAUUCAUUUCUUCUGGUGUAGCAGAAGAUUGUGUACUUUGUGCACUGCCACCAAGGAAGGUGAACUCAUCAAUCGUGGUCAUCGUCAUCAUACGGAAGCCUUUGCAUAAUCCAUCCUCUUUCUCUCUCACACGUGUAGAUGCAAAGAGGAAACAGAUAACAGCACUCCAUGCCUUUUUGUUUCUCUGCAUCAGCAAAUGGAUGAGUGUGGCUACAUGUUUAGUGGGCCUAUUUAUAUGCACCAGUGUAGCUGUUGGUCUAAGCAGGACCCUCAUGUGUUUAAGUUACUGUGCAGCUCAAAAUUUGGUGACAUUCAGGGCUUCUUUAGUAGCAAAUAUUCAUUUCAAUUUUUAGUGAUUUUUUUGGUCAUGGAACCUGAUCUCAUGAUCAAGUGUGAGUUCCCGAAUAAUUUGAUGGUGUGUGCAUCCAGUCUCACCCAAAGCGCAUUAUAAUUUUCCAGGAAGUUUCAUCUUUUAUGGAUUGGACUUGAUCCAAGUUUUUCCAUGGAGGAAGUGAUGUAUGCAGGUGACUUUGUCAUUUCUUGAUUUUUAUUUUCUGGAUGGGCUCAUCCCUAAUUUUGUAGGUCGAGAUAUACAAUACAUCCUCAUUGUAAAUUUGUCCUGUGAGUACAUCCACAUUACCUUGUGUUUUAUGCUGUUCCUUGUACUGUAGUGUUGAUGGUGUCAGAGAAUGAAUUCAAGGAUAAGUGAUGACAGUCUUCAUCUCAAUUGGCAAAGCCAUUAUUGACUCAGUGGAUAAUAUCCACUCCAGAAAGAUGCUGAAAUCCGCUCAAAAUGCCUAUAUCGACUUCAACCAUUCCUCCUUUUGUCAUUGGUUUUGAUUUCAGGAAGACACAGAGAACUGAUAGUGCUUUCCUGUGUCUGUGUAAUACAACAUUUCAUGAAAAUGUCUCGGGGUUUCUUUCUGGGCUAUAGAGAGAAAGAAAAGCAAUGAGAAAAUGGGUCACAUCCUCUUUUUAUUCAUGCCCAAGGAAGUUGAACUGCUAGUCAAGGACAUGAUAUUGCCCCCCAGGAAAAUGACCCUGAAAGAAUGAAGGAGAUUAAGGUUGUCUGGAACAAGUACAUGGAAUGGUUGCAUUCAAAAUGGACAGCUGGACACACUAAACAGGAGAGAUAGCAUUUUGCAAUUUUUUCUUUUGCGAUUUUGUUGGGAGAAUGAGGAAGAUUGAAUGAACUGGAACACUUCAUUGGG